AUGGCAGCAAAUCACCCUGUGAUAAACACUGAGUAUUCCACAGAGGAUGGUCUGGAUUUGGAACUAAAGAGGCUCAGAUUGUUUUUAAUGCUGGACUUCUGUACCAGACGAGAGGAGGUACAGGAGAAAUGCCAUCCCAUGAACCGCCGCAAUUUCCUCAUCAUUUUCCGGGAGUCCCAACUUCGCAGGCAAGCAUCUGAGUGCAUUCGGAUUCAGAACAUUGUUCUUGCAUGGUGCUGUAAAAGCCAACUCGAUUCAUGGUAUACGUUGCUGUUCAGAGACUUGCCUGGAUGGCUGCCCCUCACUCCUGGGGAAGGUGUGCUGGGGCCGGCAGGCUGGGAUCGCCCCCCCCCAUCCGCCCAGCGACCCCACCGCGGCUCUCCGCCCGCAGGCGCUGCCCCUUUCGGAGCACACUCCGCCGGCGACUUCGACGACGGGUUCCUGCGCAGGAAGCAGCGUCGCAACCGCACUACCUUCACCCUGCAGCAGCUCGAAGCACUGGAAGCGGUUUUUGCUCAAACCCACUACCCCGAUGUGUUCACUAGGGAAGAACUGGCGAUGAAAAUCAACCUGACGGAGGCCCGGGUGCAGGUGUGGUUCCAGAAUAGAAGAGCUAAAUGGAGGAAAACAGAGAGGGGGGCUUCUGACCAAGAAGGCUCUAAGGAAGCAAUGGCUGAGGUGGCACCUCCUGUCAGGAAUUUAAAUUCCCCUUCUCCAACUGAUCAAACCAGGAAUAAAAAAGAGAGUCUGGAGAUACAGCAGAGCCUGAGUCGAGCAGUCGGUCCUACAGGACCCUUCUUCCCCUCCUGUCUGCCUGGGACUCUUCUCAACACAGCCACCUAUGCACAAGCUUUAUCCCACGUUGCAUCUCUAAAAGGGGGCCCACUGUGCUCAUGCUGCGUUCCAGACCCCAUGGGCCUCUCCUUCCUGCCCACCUACGGCUGCCAAAGCAACCGCACCGCAAGUGUAGCUGCACUGCGCAUGAAAGCCAGGGAGCACUCAGAGGCCGUGCUGCAGUCUGCCAACCUCCUGCCCACCACCGGCAGCCCCACUCCUCCUGCCAAACCCAGCCCAGAGAGCAGCCAGGACAAGCAGCCCUCUCCACCCAAGGAGCACAUGGAAGGGGAGAAGAGUGUAUGAGGCCAGAUUGAUGCUGGCCCCACAGCCUUGGAGCCAAGACCAGACACCAGGCUUUGCCAUCAAUGGAACUGCAGAGUGGCUGUGCCUCAGUAGCACAUCACAGGGCCACCAGGGACCUGGUAAAUCUGAGUGGCCACUCUGGCUGCCUUUCACACACCCUUGCUUCUUUUGCACCACUGUAGGUUCAUUCUCCUGAUUUAUCGGCACUAUCUGUGUUUGGAAAUAUUUGUGAAACUGUUUUUAGCUCCCCUUCCACAUCCCAGAGAUGCAAAAAUGCCCAGGACACUGACCUGCUUCUGCACACCUCGGCCAUGCUUCCCAAGGCUGCAUUUCUCAGCAGCAGGGCCAACCCAACUGUCUUUGGGACUUGAACCACCUCUACCUGGUUCUGACCUUCCCAAGAAUAAGAGUCACCAUGUGGGGAGCAGGGCUGCUCCCUGAGGAUCACCACUACCAAUAGUCCUUUAUCCUGCAUGAACAGGGCAUGGCUGCCAGGUAUAUGGUCUGGGGCAGGAAAGGCUUCCAGGCAUCAUUUACCCUCAUUGUGCACAGGCACAUGAAAGUGCAUGUUUACACCAGCUUGGCCUGAUGUUUUCUGAUGACAUUUGACUUCUUAAUAAAAUCUACCCCAGGCAGGCCAGGUGUAAGAGAAGCAAAAUAAUAGAAUGAAGCUCUUUGUAAUUUUUCCUUCUUCCUUCCUUUCCCCUAAAGCCAAACUUUCAGUGGAGUAGAUUACUGGGGAAUUGUUGAGAUCAGCUUAUCCAUAAAUAAAAUCCUUGCACAGGCUUCCACAUGAACAUUAGUCUUGUCAUUCCCAAGGUUAGACAUAAAAGACGCACGACUCCAGAGCAGCAUUCUUAGCUUCAAAUGGUAAUGCUGGUAUUUUAAUGGAGAGUGCAGUUAUGUCUAUAUGCAGAAAGCUGGGGGGAUUUUAGCAUCAUUCUUUUGGAAAGAAAGACUGGAAAACAAAAUCAUCCUGCAUAGCAACACUGCAAAUAUGUCCUUGCACGAUGAGUUUUUAAUAAAUAGGAAAUAAAACUUGGAAGGAUAUUCCUUUAUGCCAGCCAAAAUUAGACUCUUUUGUUCACUGAAGGCUGAUUGGAAUGACUCUGGACAUGAAAAUGUAUGAAUUAUUACACAGUGGGCACAGUGCAGAGAAGAUAUUGAUGCCUCAGGAAAUAUGCUCUUAUUCCUGACCCAUAACACUGCAGAGCAAAACAGAAUAAGACCAGAUGCUCUAGCAUAUUUCUUUCAUGGGCAAUGUAGAAGCAUGUUUAAAUUUAAUGAUAAGGACUUGCUUCACUCAGAUGCCUUUUGCAGAUUCCUUAGAAUUGUCCACAGAUGCCCGCAGUGAAUAGAA